AUGCAUUUACGCAUUCGUCCAUCCCCAACAAACCCCGCAACCAAACGUGUGUUUGCAGUCCGAGCCGGUGGGGAGGAGGUCCCGGACCCUGCAUCUCAGAGACGUUGGGAUAACGAGCAACUAUCACAACAAAAAGCUUCCGACCUCGACAAUAACUCUCAACACCCCUGCUUUAUCCAAAAAAUCCCCAAAUCAGUCAUUUUUCCUCAUUCUCCUUCGAAUUUCGUAGUCGAAUUCAUGGACCUCAGCUGCAUGUUUGUCUUUAUGAUUCACGGGGGUGGAGCACAAUGGUACUUUAAAAACACGUCUACUGAGACGUAUACCGACAAGGGGAGAUCCUACUCAGCCCUUCCGCUUGGUUUCGAAUUUCAUUGGAGUCCUUUCUUCUCAAAUAAUUUGGUAUCGAUAACCCAGAGCACCUUCAAAAACCUUGCCGCUCUCUGGGAAGGUCGUCUCAAUACAGGGUUGUGUAAUGAUGCACCUCACCACCGCCACUACAUUUUAAAGCUACUCGUGGGACUCACCAAGGAUGGAGAGAUCCCUCAUUUUCGAGAGUUAAAAUAUACCCUCCACGUGGUCUGCGAAAACACGAAGGUUACAACUCUUUUUGACGGACUCUGCAAGCACAAACUAAACGACUCUUUUUCCAUGACCUGGCUCCUGUAUUGCCAAAGCGAGGUCGCCGGUUGGUUUAUAGGAGCAUCGUAUACGCACUUCAUGGCGAAGCUGCUGCAGCCUCGUAUAGAAAACUUAGGUUGGGGUGACGACAAUGAUGAGGAUACCACUCAGGUCUGGGUACUUCCUCUGCCAUGUGAAGGUGCAUCUUUGGGAAAUUGGGUACUUCAUGAGGACGUGGAAGCUUCGAUGUGGGAUGCAGUGUCUUGA